CGGAAAAGCUGCCGGAUGGAUCUGGGACAGCGACGCUGGCCUGUACUUUCCUAUCGUCUCCAUUAUACAUGGCAACCUGCUUUCAAGUCAUUGAAGGAAAAGGUGGAGAAAGACACACGCAGUCACUUCAUUGCAAGGACAGGUACAGAGACUUGCGGCCACCUGCAAAAGAAGCAUUUCUACUUCGUCUGUCACCGGUCUGGAAGUUAUGCUUCACAAGCUACAAGUAAACAAAAGCUGAAGCGGCCUUCAAGUGUCAAGUGUGGAAAAAGAUGUUUUGCGGCAAUGGCUGUGACUGAAGACAACACAAGUGUGUAUGUGGUUUUCCAAUUCAAGCACAGAGGCCACGACUUUGAACUGGGUCGUGUUUUUCUGUCCAAGUCGGAAAGAGCUGCUAUUGCUGACAAGCUGCGAGAAGGCGUGUCCAUGGAUGCAGUACUGGAUAAUGUGCGGUCCAACGUGGAUGAGACAUUCCACCGCAUUAACCUGUUAAGCAAGCAGGAUCUCCGCAAAAUAAUGAGGGAUGCCAGAGUCUCGAAGACCGAGCGGCUGCACGAUAAUGACUAUGUGAGCGUGCAACUCUGGGUUGAGAGGAUGCAUAGUGAAAAGGAAAACCCAUUGCUCUUCUUUAAACACCAAGGACAACCUGACAAAAAGUGACAUUUUUUUAGAGAAAAAAAUGAGGACCUUUUGGAUGACAGAGAUUUUAUGCUAGUCAUCAUGACCACACCACAACAGGAGCUUUUCAAGAGGCUUGGAACUGAUCGUAUAUGUGUCGAUGGAACACAUGGAACAGCAGGUGAGCAGUACUAUAUAAAUGCCUUAAUAAUAAAAGCAAGAAAGAGGGAAUGCUGUCCAAGAAUAAUUGCAAUAGAUAUGAUGAGUAGUAUUCCUUCACACAUGA